AUGGAGGCAGGCGAGGCGAGCAGCUUGCUCGGGGAGCGCAGCUCGGUCCCGUUCCGCACGUACCGGCGGCGCUGGUUCCUGCUCGCCGUCGUGUGUCUGCUCAACUGCUCCAACGCCAUGCUGUGGUUGACGUUUGCUCCUGUGGCUGAUAGGACAGCUUCCUAUUUCCACAUUUCUCUGGAGACAGUCAACUGGCUCUCACUCGUGUACCUUCUCAUCUCAAUCCCGUUUGGCCUGGUGGCAACAUGGGUCCUUGACAGCGUGGGGCUCAGAUGGUCUGUAACCCUGAGUGCAUGGCUGAAUAUGACAGGUAGCAUCAUCCGGAUGUUCAGUGUCCUGAAGUUCCUGAGUCUGGGCUCCCGGAGUUACUGGUACCUGUUUGUUGGACAAUGCCUCUGUGCACUGGCGCAGCCUCUUGUCAUCUUUUCACCAACAAAACUGGCAGCACUGUGGUUCCCAGACAACCAGAGAGCAACAGCUAACAUGUUUGCAUCAAUGUCCAAUCCCUUGGGUAUUCUUAUAGCAAAUGUGCUGUCACCUGCAGUAGUUCCAGAAGGAAAACACAUUCCACUGAUGCUGGGUGUUUAUGCAAUCCCAGCAGUAACAGCUUGUGUUCUAGCAACUGUUGGGAUUCACAGCAAUGCUCCUCCAACACCUCCUUCAGCCAGUGCAACUAACUCCACCUCCCAGCCAUUCCUUACAGGGCUCAAAAUGCUCCUAAAAAACAAGUCAUACCUUAUCCUGGCUGUAUGCUUUGGAGGAGGAAUUGGUGUGUUCACCUGCUUUUCAGCUCUGCUGGAACAGAUCCUCUGCGAAAAAGGAUAUUCAAAUGUAUUUGCUGGUCUGAAUGGUGCACUAUUCACCAUGUGUGGUUUGCUGGGCGCCUUCCUACUGGGACUGUAUGUCGACCGAACAAGGAGGUUUAUAGAGUCCACCAAGAUCUGUUUCUGUCUGAGUGCACUUGCUAGUAUAGUGUUUGCAGUGGCAUCUCGAUUCAGACACCAGGCUAUAACCUUGGCUGUAGCCAGCUCGCUGUUUGGGUUCUUCGGUUUUGCCAUCUAUCCUAUUGCCAUGGAGCUAGCUGUGGAGUGCUCCUACCCAGUGGGAGAGGGCACAUCUACAGGCCUGAUUUUUGUUGUAAGCCAGGUCCAAGGCGUGAUUUUAAUGAUUCUGCUGCAAGCCCUUACCAUGCGGGUUUCUGAAGAUUCAUCCUCUGCCUGUGACCUCAGCCACGAUGGAGCACUGGACUGGACCAUUCCAACACUACUUCUGGCUGGGGUCUGCAGUGCCAUGGCUUGCUUCUAUGUUACCUUCUUCAACACUGACUACAAGCGACUCCACGCUGAGAUAAACAGGGACACUUUGGUCAAUGCAGAUGAUAUGGCUGCAGAAACUGCUCCUGAAGCCUAACCAGGUUAAAAAGCGCACAGCAAGGACUGGUUAAGGAAGGACUCAGGUCCUUCAGUGGACAGAGGCUAUGACUGCUGUGAGUGCUCUUGUGAAAGUGUGAUGUUCGGAUCCUGUUGCACAAGAAACAGUCAAGAUUUCACAACAAAAGGGCUACAGCCGAGCUCUUGGGGUGCCCUUUCUGAGUUUCUUCAACUCUUACAUUUAUAUUCUCAAGCUGGGUUGUACAGUACGGGGUGGUUGUGCUGCCAGAAAUGUAAGAGGAGGUUGGCCAACUACAGAGGUACAGCAGAUAUUUUCAGUUGUCUUGAAGCUAAAGAAAUGUUGCAGGAGCAUCAUAUUUCAGCAGUUUUUGUUGUUGUUGUUGUUGUCUUUUGGUGUCUUUUUUUUUCUUUCUUUCAGAAGACUGGAAGCCACAACUAUCACAAAGCUGUCAAAAAAACAGCUUGCAAGCACUAUGGUUCUUAGAUAGCAUAACACUCUUCCCUCUUCCUUGGCUCAAGUGUGCUAGGAGCUACAGCAUCUUUCUAUUGUAGGUAGGAGACAUAGGAAUGCUUUCUGUAGUAUGAGUCUGUUACAGUGAGCCAUGGUUCCUCUUCUAGAAACGGGAAAAGGGAUGACCAUAGAAGAAAUCAGGAAUCAGUGGGUACUAAAUGUGGCAGCUUUCCUUUCUGUUUAUCUGCUGCCAAAUGUCAAGACAUUCAGGAUCAGUUUUUGUUUCACCUUGUGCUCUUAUAGUCUCAGUAUCUCUCCUGCUAUUGUAAUGGUUCAAAUAUUCCACAAGAGGAUGAAGUUGCCGCUGUAAGAUCAGGUUUGUGUACACUCAGCAGCUUACUUUCUGGAAAAUGGAACAGUAGCAUUUUGCAGGGAAGUUGGCAAGAAAACAGGCAAAGGUGACCACGCAGAGAAUGCGGAGAUGCAGGGAGUCUACACAGGAUUUGCAAAUCUUGAUAGAAGUAGUUUUGAGUAAGGUCAGUUAAGCAGCAACACCAAACAGGCAUCUUCCAUUUACCCCUGCAACUGACAGUUGUCCUUCAGGGUUUGAAGAGAUGGGAGAUGCACAAAACAUGUCCUUUGGACUUCAGUUACCAUAAUGAUUGCGAAGGAUGCAAGUGAACUUUUCUGCAUUCUACAAACAGCAGUAGCUGCACUGCAAACCAUUGCCUUGCUUUGUUAUUCAAAGUUACGUAAAUAGUCUGAGCAUCUGUACUCCUAUGGCUUUUCCAUGCCAUAUGUAAUAAGAUAAGCUCCAAAGAGCUGAGAUAAGGAACUUUCUGCAGUGUAGCUAGAGCAUUACCCUGGGCAGCACUGUAAAAAGGAGCAGCACGUGCUACUCACUUUUCCAUCUGUUACUAGAAAACUCUCCCAUUAGAAGACACCUAGGUGCAUACAGAAAAAGCCUGCUAGUUCCUUCAGCUAUAGCCCUGCUGUCAGCAGAAAUCACUAUUUUUUAUCAAAAACAGGAGGAAGGAAGAUGUGUUCAAACAAAAUGAAUUUGGACAUACCAGAUAAUUUGGAUUUACUUUUUCAGAAUUCACAAGCCUGCAACCCUGGACCUAAUGUACUCAACAGAUUAACACCAAACUUACCUGUCACUCCUGAGUCCUACAGCACUGGGAAGCAAGAAGCACUUCAUGCU